AAAUCGUUGACAAAACUCGGAUUGAAAAGAUAGGAAACAAGAGGAAAAUGAUGGCCAAAUGCUCUAUUGCUCCAUCAACUGAACCUCUGUUUCAGACCUUCAAUGGCCUUCAACAACUUGCCGAAACGCGUCGUUUCAAUGCUUGGCUGUUGGAUCAAUUUGGAGUCCUUCAUGAUGGCAAACAACCUUACCCAGGAGCAAUUUCGACAUUAGAAAAGCUGGCAAGCACUGGUGCCAAGAUGGUGAUCAUAAGUAAUUCUUCAAGACGUGCAUCAACAACAAUAGAGAAAUUGAAGAAGCUAGGCUUUAAUCCUUCUCUCUUUGUGGGAGCCAUCGCAAGUGGAGAAUUAACGCAUCAGUACUUGCAAAGGAGAGACAAUUCCUGGUUUGCUGCUCUUGGAAGGUCUUGCAUUCAUACGACCUGGAGUGAUAGGGGUGCUAUAUCUCUUGAGGGUUUGGGCUUACAAGUUGUUGAGAAUGUUGAAGAAGCUGAUUUUAUCUUGGCGCAUGGCACUGAAGCUUUAGGUCUUCCUUCAGGUUUGGUACUUUCAAUUAGUCUCGAGGGUCCUGAGAAGAUAUUGGAGUGUUGUGCAACUAAAAAGAUUCCAAUGGUGGUAGCUAACCCAGACUUUGUGACUGUCGAAACUAGAGCUUCCAGUAUCAUGCCUGGUAAUACCUUAGCCGCCAAAUAUGAAAAUCUUGGUGGUGAAGUGAAAUGGAUGGGGAAACCAGAUAAGAUAAUAUAUGAAUCAGCCAUGGCCAUUGUUGGUGUAGAAGCCUCCAAUUCUAUUGCCGUCGGUGACUCUCUUCAUCACGAUAUUAAGGGUGCAAAUGCAGCCGGAAUCCAGUCAGUUAUCGCUGGAGGGAUCCAUGCAACCGAACUUGGACUGGAUAGUUUUGGACAAGUUGCAGAUUCAUCCUCUGUAAAGGCCCUUGCAUCCAAAUAUGAUGCAUAUCCGACAAACGUCCUUCCGGCUUUCAAAUGGUAGAAUUUAUUCUGGGUAUUUGCUCUCCAUGUUUUGUAGUUUUCAUUUAUGAAUUCAUUUUGGUGUAAGAUUUAG